AAAUAUGGCCGUUCAUAAUUGUAUAAUUUCAUGGCCGAAAUUUGGACUAAUUCCAGUAGCCAAGAUAAUAUCACGUGAUUUAAUCAAAUUAUACAUAUAUGCUCGCCAAUUGUUUAGCUUGUUUGAUCUUAAAUUUUCUCAAGCAUGAGUAAUAUAUAUAUUCAAGAACCACAUACAAACGGUAAGGUCAUUCUUCACACUACAUCGGGAGAUAUCGCUAUAGAACUUUUCUCGAAAGAAGCACCGAAAGCCUGUCGGAAUUUUGUGCAGCUUGCAUUAGAGAGUUACUUCGAUAACACCAUUUUUCACAGAGUUGUCCCCGGUUUCAUUAUACAAGGCGGAGAUCCAACUGGAACUGGACAUGGGGGUGAAUCAAUAUACGGAGGUCCAUUUGUUGACGAAUUUCAUACGAGGCUACGUUUUGUACGGCGUGGGCUUGUGGCGAUGGCCAACGCUGGAAAAAAUGACAAUCGUAGUCAAUUUUUCAUUACGUUAGAUAGAACCGAUGAAUUACAAAAUAUGCAUACGAUUUUUGGGAAAGUAGUUGGUGAAACUUUAUUUAACGUGUUGAAAAUUGGAGAACUCGAAAUUGACGAGAAUGAACGACCACUUUAUCCGCCUAAAAUAACUUCUACUGAGGUGGUUUGGAAUCCUUUCGAUGACAUUAUCCCUCGAAUUACAGUUGCAGAAAAACUUGCCCAAGAAGCGGCUGCUGCCGCGAUUGCUCAAAGAGAAGAAGAACAACCUCGGAAAAAGAAACUCAAAAAAAACGUUGCGUUGUUAUCAUUUGGGGAUGAAGCGAGUGAAUUUGAAGACAAUCAGAAUUUAAAAAUAAAGAGCAGUCAUGACUUAGUGGAAAAUGAUCCAAGGUUAAGUAAGGAAGUUUCUGUCAAGGAGUUUGAAAUACAGAAAAGUGACCACUCAACUGAAGUAGGGAAUGCUAACGUUGAACAAUCGAAAUUACAAGACAAAAUGCAUAAUAAUAUCAACAAAAAGAAUAAAAGUGAUGAUGACUUAGAUGAUAAUGCUGACACUGCAGAAGAAUUCGACCGAAAAAUGAAGGAAAAUAUUAGACAGCAACAAGAAUCGAUGAAAUUAAAGAAAGAAAGUAAAUCGGCCCAAUUAUCUAAAUCGGAAACUAUACGACAAGAAAUUGAGCAAGUUAAACAAGACAUUAAAAAAUUGAAUCGAUCACGUGAUGAAGAAGAGGAUGAGCGUGCCAAAAAGAAAGCGAAGAAGUCUUUUGUGCAACUUGAAAGACAAAAAUAUUUAUCUUCUGGCAAAGCAGCUUCUGGUAAAAGGAAAAAAGGGUCAGAAGCUGAUACGUUGGAAAAAUUGAAAUCUUUUCUAACAAAAAUUGAAGCUGCGGUUCCAUCUGAGACUGAGCCACCAUUAAAAACUGAAGAAGAUGCAGAGCCUUGUCUUCUUCACUCGGUACCAAAUUGCUUAUCAUGCCGAGAUACAUUUGGAGAAUCAAAAACUGAUGAAACAGAUGAGGGAUGGUUAGCACAUCGUCUUGUGUUUGAAAAAGAUCAUAAGGGUAAAGAUUUGAUGCAAAGAAGAGAUGAUCCGAAUGAUUAUGUGGUUAUCGAUCCACUAGCACGUAAAAAGCAAGCCGUAGAAGAAGAAAAAGAGAAGAAGGCUCAAAAAGGUGGAAUAAGUGAAGUAUUCACAAAAGAUAGGCAUAUAGAUCGUGAAAGACAUUCAGAACGUUAUAGAGACAGCCAUCGUGAUUUAAAUAGAGAUCGAGGUAGAGGUAGAGAUCGAGAUAGAGAUCGGGACAGAGAUUGGGACAGAGAUCGAGACAGAGAUCGAGACAGAGAUCGAUACGCGUCUAGAGAUUACGAUAGGGAAAAAUCACGGAGGAGAUUGUGAUUAUAACUUCCAUUAAUGAAUUAAUGAUUAACUAUGCCAAUUGGAAUAAAUGAUGAUGAAUUUACAAAAUACUAACAUAAAUUAAAUGGUAUUAUACUUAUUAUGAAUUUUACUAAUAUUAAUAACAUUAAUUCGUGAUCCACGAGUCAACUACAAAGGAUCUGCAGAAAAUGGGAGUCUGGCGUGGCGUCAAAUAAAAAUAAAAAAUUAUGUGAGAAUUUAUUUUAAAAAACUAAAAUAUGUUAGUAUUGAAUGGGUUCACAUAAAGAGCAUCACGAAUUAAAGAAUUAUUUAAGAACUAUCAGAACUUCAUAGCUCCGCAUAAGCUGAGCUGGUCACAGCUGGUCACGAACCAGCUUAUAUAUAUAAAUAUAUUAAAUAAAUAAAUGCAAUUGUUACUAUUUUAGACAUUAUUUUUAUUCUAUUUUUGGGUU